ACUAACACGCUCCACCUUCUUAACCACCACACUCCCCAUUUUCCCGCGCAGUUUCAUAGCACGUGAAUUCAACCUCCCCUCUCUCCUAUCAGUCACUAUAUCUCUCUCCAUCCUCCAAAACCCCUUUAAAACCUCGCAAUCCUCCCUUUCCACGGCGGCGCACCAUCAACAAAACCCAGAUAUUUUCAUCUCAUUUCCACCCCCACAACAAUGGCCGCCGCUUCAUCUGCUUCAACGGCUUUAAUCUCAAAACAAUCUAUCACCCUCAAAAACAGAUACAUCAACCCCAGCAUUUCCCCCAAUUCCCAGCUUUCUCUCUCCUCAAAACUCUCCGUCACUCCGUCGAUCUCCCUCUUCUCGCACAACCCUCUUCGUCGACUCACCCCCGCCGCAUCCCAGAAAAAGUUUACCGUCUCCGCUUCCGUCGAUGCGAAACCCACCGUUUUGGUCGCUGAAAAGCUUGGCGAUGCGGGGUUAGACCUUCUGAAAUCAUUCGCAAAUGUUGAUUGUUCGUAUAAUCUGACCCCGGAAGAGCUUUGCACUAAGAUCUCGCUUUGCGAUGCUUUGAUUGUGCGGAGUGGGACCAAGGUUACCCGCGAGGUGUUUGAGUCGUCUGGUGGAAGGUUGAAGGUGGUUGGAAGGGCUGGUGUUGGGAUAGAUAAUGUAGAUCUGGGUGCUGCGACGGAGCAUGGGUGUUUGGUUGUUAAUGCUCCAACCGCUAACACCGUCGCGGCGGCUGAGCAUGGGAUUGCUCUUUUGACUGCGAUGUCCAGGAACGUUGCUCAAGCUGAUGCUUCUGUCAAGGCUGGGGAAUGGAAGAGGAAUAAGUAUGUGGGUGUAUCACUUGUUGGGAAGAAACUUGCUGUUAUGGGUUUCGGGAAGGUUGGGACUGAAGUUGCAAGGCGUGCCAAGGGGCUUGGCAUGCAUGUGAUUGCCCAUGAUCCCUAUGCACCAGCUGAUCGUGCACGAGCUAUCGGAGUGGAGCUCGUUUCCUUUGAUGACGCCUUAGCUACAGCAGAUUUCAUUUCCCUUCACAUGCCUCUCACUUCUGCUACAACAAAGGUUCUUAAUGAUGAAACUUUUGCUAAGAUGAAGAAAGGAGUAAUGAUUGUGAAUGUUGCUCGUGGUGGAGUGAUUGAUGAAGAUGCUCUUGUUAGGGCUCUGGAUUCUGGGAUUGUGGCUCAGGCUGCACUUGAUGUCUUCACACAAGAGCCCCCAGCAAAGGAUAGUAAGUUGAUACAGCAUGAAAGAGUUACUGCAACUCCACAUCUUGGUGCUAGUACCAUGGAAGCUCAGGAAGGAGUUGCCAUUGAAAUUGCAGAAGCAGUUAUUGGGGCCUUAAACGGAGAGCUUGCUGCAACUGCAGUGAAUGCACCAAUGGUUCCUGCUGAGGUCCUUAUUGAGCUGAAACCUUAUGUUGAACUCGCCGAGAAACUUGGCAGACUAGCAAUCCAACUGGUAGCAGGUGGAAGUGGUGUUAAAUCUGUGAAGGUGAGUUAUGCAACCUCAAGAGCACCUGAUGAUCUUGACACAAGGUUGCUCCGAGCCAUGAUUACCAAAGGUCUGAUUGAACCCAUUUCCAGCACCUUUGUAAACUUGGUAAAUGCUGAUUUCACCGCAAAGCAGAGAGGACUUCGCAUCACCGAAGAACGAGUUCUUCUAGACGGGUCACCUGAAAGCCCACUGGAGUCUAUCCAGGUCCAGAUUGCCAAUGUGGAAUCAAAAUUUGCUAGUGCAAUUUCAGAUUCCGGAGAGAUUAGACUAGAGGGGAGGGUUAAAGAUGGAAUUCCACACUUGAUAAAGGUUGGCUCGUUCGAAGUUGAUGUGAGUUUGGAGGGUAGCAUUAUUCUAUGCAGACAGGUUGAUCAACCCGGAAUGAUUGGUAGGGUGGGAAGUGUUUUGGGAGAGGAGAAUGUGAAUGUCAGUUUCAUGAGUGUUGGAAGACUGGCUCCAAGAACUCAUGCCGUGAUGGCAAUUGGGGUUGAUGAACCACCAAGCAGUCAGGUAAUGAAGAGGAUUGGUGAGAUUCCAGCUAUCGAAGAGUUUGUAUUUCUAAAGUCAUGAUCUUCUCUGAUUGCAACGAUGGCUGAUGAUUAGCAGCAUAGCUAUCAAGUUUGAAAUGGACUGAGGAGAUUCUGGCUAUUGGAAACUGCAUGUAUUCCUUUAGCUGUGAUAUUCUAGUUAAUAGUCCAAGAAUAGAUGGUACCAAUUUUUGGUGGGAUUUGUUGAAUGUAACAAAACUUGUAACUUGUAACUUGUAUCCGAGUUAUUAAUAAUUUUGAGGUGAGGAAGAGUUUGCUCGUUUUA